UUGCUGCUGAAAGGAGGUGGCGGAGGAGGAGCCUACCAGCUCCUGCCAGCCCGCGGGCACCAGAGGGCUGCCCGCUGCCCCGCGAGUAGCCACGGGCGUGAUCUGGGCCGGACGUGUCCUGCUCCACGAUCACUUUGGAAGCCGGGGGAAGACUUUGCCCGCCCGGUCUGCACUGGUCUGCGUUCCCCGGGCGCGGCGGCCACCGCUGAGCAGCAAGGACAGCAGCCGCCGGGUCCCGAGCGGAGCGGCCACAGCCGGGGGCGUGUGCACCCUGCGCGCGGCGGGCUCCCGGGCCCCACGGAAUGUCCCCCGGGCUCCCGGCGCGCUGACCCCGCGGCCGCCUCCGCUCCGGCGCGCUCCCGGCUCGGGACUGCGGGCUCCCGGCUCUUGGGCAGUGGGGAAGCCCCCGGGGGCGGGUGACCUCCUCGGGCCACGACCCAGCCCUCCCCCGUGCGUAUCUCGCUUAGGAUGGCAGCGGAGUCAGGGGAACUAAUCGGGGCUUGCGAGUUCACGAAAGAUCGGUUAUAUUUUGCUACUUUGAGAAAUAGACCAAAAAGCACAGUACAUACCCACUAUUUCUCCAUCGAUGAGGAGCUGGUGUAUGAAAAUUUCUAUGCAGAUUUUGGACCUCUGAACUUGGCAAUGGUGUACAGAUACUGCUGUAAACUAAACAAGAAACUAAAAUCAUACAGUUUAUCAAGAAAGAAAAUUGUGCACUAUACCUGUUUUGACCAACGGAAAAGAGCAAAUGCAGCGUUUUUGAUAGGUGCUUAUGCCGUAAUCUAUUUAAAGAAGACACCAGAAGAAGCCUACAGAGCGCUCCUAUCUGGCUCAAAUCCCCCUUAUCUUCCAUUCAGGGAUGCUUCAUUUGGAAAUUGCACUUACAAUCUCACCAUCCUCAACUGUUUACAAGGAAUCAGAAAGGGAUUACAACAUGGAUUUUUUGACUUUGAGACAUUUGAUGUGGAUGAAUAUGAACAUUAUGAGCGAGUUGAAAAUGGUGACUUCAACUGGAUUGUUCCAGGAAAAUUUUUAGCAUUUAGUGGACCACAUCCUAAAAGCAAAAUUGAAAAUGGUUACCCUCUUCAUGCCCCCGAAGCCUACUUCCCUUAUUUCAAAAAGCAUAAUGUGACUGCAAUCGUGAGGCUGAACAAAAAGAUUUAUGAGGCAAAGCGCUUCACAGAUGCUGGCUUUGAGCACUAUGACCUCUUCUUCAUAGAUGGCAGCACACCCAGUGACAACAUCGUCCAAAGGUUCCUGAAUAUCUGUGAGAACACCGAAGGGGCGAUUGCGGUUCACUGCAAAGCUGGUCUUGGAAGAACAGGAACAUUGAUAGCCUGUUAUGUAAUGAAGCACUACAGGUUUACACAUGCUGAAAUCAUUGCUUGGAUCAGGAUUUGCCGGCCAGGCUCCAUCAUUGGCCCCCAACAGCACUUCCUGGAAGAAAAACAAGCAUCGUUGUGGGUCCAAGGAGACAUUUUCCGAUCCAAACUGAAAAACAGACCAUCCAGUGAAGGAAGUAUUAAUAAAAUUCUUUCUAGCUUGGAUGAUAUGUCUAUUGGAGGAAACAUAUCUAAAAUCCAAAACAUGGAAAGGUUUGGAGAGAAUAAUUUAGAAGAGGAUGAAGAUGUGGAAGUGAAAUAUAAUAUUACCCAGGGAGACAAACUACGUGCCUUAAAAAGCCAGAGACAGCCACGCUCCUCACCAUCCUGUGCAUUUAGGUCAGAUGAUAUGAAAGGACACCCAAGAGCAGUGUUCCAGCCUUUCAGAUCAAGUUCUUCCCCACAAGGACCUAUGUCUACUUUGAAGACUCCAAAAGUGCCUCUGUCCCCUUCAGCGACAGCCAAGAGGAUAAACAGAGGUUCAUUGUCUUCAGGCACCAGUGUAAGAAGCUUUUCCAUAAACUCCCGGCUAGCCAGUUCUCUGGGAAACCUGAAUGCCACAACAGAUUAUCCUGAGAAUAAGAAGAUGUCCUCACCCUCCAAGGCAGCUUUUACAGCCAACCCGUUCACCAACCUCUUGAAUGGCAGCUCCCAGCCACCGGCCAGAAACUACCCUGAACUCAACAACAAUCAGUACAACCGAACCAGCAGCAGUAGCAGCAGGGGCAACCUGAGCAGCCAGCUUGCUCCCCACGGCGCCAAGACGGAGGAGCAUGUCCCUGUCAUCCGGCCCUUGUACACGGGGCUUUCUUCCUCUUCAGCAAGAUUCCUGAGCCGGUCCAUCCCCUCUGUGAGAAUUUGUCACCUGGUUGCAAGCUUUAUCAGUUCUCUUAGUGUUCAUUUUCUUCGUGCUAUGGAAUUUUACUGUCCCUUCAGUCUGAAUAUGUUCAUUACUAAGGCCUUGUCGUUCCGGCGAACGCUGUUCCAUUCUCAGACACCUGGAUACGCACUGUGGAGGAAAGCACCUGCUUGCUGGAAGGAUAUCUCUUGCCUUCUCACCUUAAAUUAGAGAGAGCACUAAGAGAACACUUUCAAGAGACUUGAAACCAGAAAAGUGGUUAAUGACUACUAUAAGUGCACUGAAACUAUGUUUAUGGAGAUUUCAACACUUUUUAAGACAGUUUUAAUGUUAAAUUUGGUAUUUUGAAAGGUUAUUUUUAAUGUAUUUCAGUAAUAUAUUUGUUAUUGGAUUUACAUGUACAGUGUUACAUUAUGUAUGUAUUGUGAACUUUUAAAGACUAUUUUGAUAAAUUUAUAAAUAUAUAAAAUUAUGUAAAAACUAGACUAUAUUUUGAUUUAGGCUUUUCUGCUGUUUGCUACCAAAAAUUUGUAUUUUAAACAUGUUUAGUUUUAGUAUGGUUUUUUGUCUACAAUGAAUAAAUAAUUCCUCCUUAUUAAAAAAGGGGAGAAAGUUUUAAAAAGUGAUUUUCCUGCUUCCUGCUGAAUACAGCAGGUCAGUGCAUUCUUUGGAGAACGUCUAACUUAAAGAGUUCAUGCAAGUUUCUAUUCACCACAAGUAGAAUAGAAUGUGUUUGAUAUGGCAAAAUCCUUCCCCUUUGCUUUUGUUCUUGAGCCAUUUAAAUGAGCUUUGCAUCCUUGGAGGCUGAAAAAAUUUACCAAUCAGAUUUCACUGGAUGUUUCUCCUGAGAGUGUGGUUUUUCUCUAUGAAAUAACAGAACAUUCCAAAUGCUUGUAUUUCUUUUCUCCUUUCAAAAAGUGCUUUUUAAAAAAAUGCCUUAAACAAUUUAUUUUGCUUAUUUUCGGUCUUGUACUUGUGCAGAAGAGAGUUGCAUACUUUAAAAUCCAGGUCUCAAGUCUCCAAGAGCUCUGUCGCUAACUAUACAAUAACAGCUUCAGUGACCAAAAAGCACUUCAGAAGACUUUCUAAUUCAACUUGAACGUUCUGUUUUUGGUACGAAGUGGUUGUCUUCACUGGUUUUAAAUCAAUGAAGGAAAAACUGGAAAACAUGCUGCUAAGUAGUUCUCUAAAUGAAGGAGUUACAGUAUUUUUGAGCAGAUUACGCUCCACCCCAGCACACACACUGGUUUAUCUGGAACCUAAUAUGAAAAUGAAGGGACCCCCUAAAGGAUACUCAUCCCCCUUUCACAUAAGCAUAAUUUAUAUCCAGGCUUCAUUUCUGUGAGGAAGAGUCAGGCAGCUUUAGUUCCUCUCUUCCAGGUUGCAGAAGAAUGAACUACUCUGACACUGCAAGUGCUAGUUAAGUGAAUUCCUGUCAAGCGCAUGACUCCCAACCAUUGAGCUAUCUACAAUGUACUGAUUAGGAAGGGUACCUUGAAACUAUUAUAUAUGCUUCAGCAAGACUUCUUGUUCAUGUUUCACAUUUUUGAAAAGGCGUUUGAAUGAAUGUUUGACUCAGGUUUGUUAACAUAACCUUUAAUAACUGCAGGACCAAAUAACUGCAUUCAAAAUGGAAAAAAAAUGAAUUGUAUGUUUUAGGAAUCAAGGAUUAAAAUAAGUGGAAUUGUAUAUCUUUUCUAAAGCAGAGAAGUAAAAUAUUUUAUUAUGUGUUAUUGUGAAAAAAGAUUGAUUAAUUGUGUAGAAAGAUGAUAGUAUUUUUUCAAAUUAUCAUUGCAAAGUAAUUCAGAUGACAUUUGAGAAGUAGGAGAAAGGGAACCAUAUUGAUGUUUUUAGUUCUAUGAACACUAAUUUGUGUGCAGCUAUUAAAUGAUUAUAAAGUUGACUACUAUAAAUUUUCCAUAAUUAUGUGUGUAUAUAAGUCAUGUAUAUUCAUGUGUAUGUCUUUAAAUUAUUUAUACACAUGUGCAUACAUAGACGUAUCAAAGGGGGCUGUAUAUAAUAUAGAAAGUAUAUAGUAAAGUAAUCCUACCCUGAUAAUAAAAAUUGCUUGACCUGUAUUUUGUUAUGAAUAGUUUAUCUUUCAAAAGAUAUUUUGUUCUAUUUUAAAGUAUAGAAUUCACUGCUAAUAAAUAAUAAAAGUUUUAUGCAAUUUACUUAUUUUA